UCCGCAUAUAUUUCUGCCUACUGCUUCUCUUUUGCUUCCUCGAGAGAGCCAGCGAAAGCUCCCAAAUUUGGCCAUGGCUGCUUCUGCUUCGAUCUAUGCCCUCCUCUUCACUCCCAAACAAAUCUCCUAGACCCUCCUCCUCACCCAUUUACUGUUACUCAAUUGGGGUUGCUUGUCUGGAGGGGGAGAUAGAUUUUUUGGGGAGGCUGUCUUGGGGGUUUAUAAUGUUGCUGUGUUGAUGUGGAGUUUCAUGGGUUGAGGAGCUACUCAAAAGGGUAAUGGGGAGCUUUAGCGAAGAGGAAUUCGCCUUUUUUGAUGCCCAUGAGGAUAUUGCAUCAGUGUCUGAUGCAAGUCGUGAGAGCAUUGAGGUGUUGGAAGCGAGUUCUUCUUCCAUGAGUUGGGUUCGGGAUAGUUUUCCUUAUGAUGUGUGGGUUAGAAGCCCGGGGAGUGUGAAGGAGCGUCGGGUUAAGUUUCUGGAUUGGAUGGAAGUUAGUGCAGAGAAGAUUGUGGGAGAGAAUAUGGUGGAAGUGUCUAGUGAUGUGGUGGGGGAAAUAGGUAGAGUUAGAGAGAGUAGUGGGGCUGUGUUGAGAUCCUUAUCUUUUGAAGGGGAGUUUUCUUCAAGUCGGUCUUCAAUGUCGUUCUGGGCUAAUGAAUUUAGAGAUGGGAAUUUGAGUGGGAGAAUGGAGUGUAAUGGAGAUGAAGUAGGGCCGGUUGGGAAGGUCAGUGAAGGUCGAGAAGUUAUUGAAGAGUCUGAGCGCACUUCGUUCUCAUUAUCUUCAUUAUCUCGUCAAUUGAGUGGAGUCAAAGCUGAAGAGAUUAGCAGUAAGGGGGCGUUACUGAAGAGAGUUAAGAAGAAGUGGUUGCAUAGAUUUCGGUCCAUGACAUGCCUUGAUGAUAGGCAAGGGAUUGCUGACAGGUCGGCAGAGAAUGAUAAUGAUAGAAUUAUGGGAAUAAGGUCUUAUAGAGUGAAGGUUCGUCAUUCCGGGAAGCGGUUGAAGGAACUCUCAGCUCUUUAUAUGGGACAGGAUAUCCAGGCCCAUGAGGGUUCAAUUUUGGCCAUGAAAUUUAGUCCUGAUGGACAGUACCUAGCAAGUGCUGGUGAAGAUGGGAUUGUGCGAGUCUGGCAAGUGGUGGAGAAUCAGAGGUGUAAUGAACUUGACAUUCCGGAGAUUGAUCCAUCCUGCAUAUACUUCACCGUGAAUCAUCUCUCCGAACUAAAUCCACUAUUUGCGGAUAAAGAGAAAGUGAGUAAAGCACGUAGCAUGACGAAAACAUCAGAUUCAGCAUGUGUUAUUUUUCCCCCAAAAGUCUUUCGGAUUGUGGACAAACCAUUGCAUGAGUUUCAUGGGCAUGGUGGUGAGAUUUUGGAUCUCUCCUGGUCAAGGAACAAUUAUCUACUGUCGUCUUCUGUUGACAAAACUGUUCGUCUAUGGCGAGUGGGAUGCACUGAUUGCCUCAAAGUCUUUGCACAUAGUAAUUACGUGACCUGUGCUCAAUUCAAUCCUGUGGAUGAUAACUACUUUAUCAGUGGUUCAAUAGAUGGCAAAGUUCGCAUUUGGGGAAUUCCUUGCUGUCAAGUUGUUGAUUAUAGUGAUGUACGAGAUAUAGUUUCUGCGGUGUGCUAUCGCCCUGAUGGGCAGGGAGCUAUUGUAGGCUCGAUGACAGGCAUAUGCCGCUUUUAUAAUAUAUCAGAUAAUCAUUUGCAAAUGGAAGCUGAAAUAUGUUUGUACAGUAAAAAGAAGGCUCCCUGCAAAAAGAUAACAGGCUUUGAGUUUUUCCCACAAGAUCCUAGCAAAGUAAUGGUCACUUGCGCCGAUUCGCAAGUCAGAAUUCUUCAUGGUCUGAAUGUGGUUGGAAAAUACAAGGGAUUACGGAAUGCAGCAAACCUGAGAUCUGCGAAUUUUACUUCAGAUGGGAAACAUAUAAUAUCAGCAAGUGAGGAUUCUAAUGUAUACAUAUGGAACUGCAGUGAUCAGGAGAAAAACUUUUUCUCUCAAGUAAAAAAAACUAAAUCAUGUGAGCGGUUCACCACUGAUGCUUCCGUAGCAAUACCAUGGUCUGGUUUGAAAUGUGAGGCCUUAGAAAAUGCUAGGAACGUUGGUGUCGUGGAAGAUAAUCUACCUGAAACUCUACCUUUUUCUUCACCCGCAUGCUUUUCUCUGAGCCAAGAAUCUCUCCUUCAGUCUAUUCCGAAAGGAUCUGCGACUUGGCCCGAGGAGAAGCUUCCAACAUCAAGCCCCUUGACAAAGUCAUCUACUAUGCACAGAUCCGAGUACAAGUUUUUUAAAACUUCAUGCCAGAGCACAUCAAGUUCCCAUGCAUGGGGUUUGGUUAUUGUGACCGCAGGUUGGGAUGGAAGGAUCAAAUCAUUCCACAAUUAUGGGUUACCAGUACCUGUUCGAUAGUAAAGUGGCUUUGGCAUGGUUUCAAAGAAUUGUUUGCUAUCCCAUUAGCAGGACACUCAACCUGUAGUGCACUCUUCAGCUGAUUACAAGCUACAAAUCUAAUGGAUUGACGAGUGACUACUUUAUCUUUGGCAGCAUCAAUUGCUACCGCAGGUCCAGGUUGACUACUCUAGCAGGCAUGUGCACAAUAGUUGGACUUGAGUAUUUGCUUCUCCAAUGGGUCCCUUCUCGGAUUUCAGAGGUGAUUGUGAUUCGAUGGCUGCAACAUAACCCAUUUUGGAAUUAGCAAGUGGCUGAAUUGAGGCUUCGUGGGGUGUUUUUGGUUUGCCGGUUUUCUGAAUUAGAUGUGGAAGCCAUUUGCUAGGCAGCUAGGAGAGGCCAAAUUGAGAUAUCAUCCCUAUAUAAUGCAGGUGCUCUGUGGGCCUUGUAGAACUUCUUUUGUUCUCUGAGAUGGGAUAGGGGAAUCCGGAGCUGGUGGCUGAAAAUUGUUUCUGAAAAAAUGGUGGGGAACUUCACAAUACUAUCAUGCUGGCCGGACAGAAUUAUUGAUUUGUUUGUCUGCCAUUUUUGGUACGAUCUCAUGGUGGGGUCCGUGACCUUUGGCUCGCAGUGUGAUUGUAAUUGUAUAGGGCGUCAAUUUCCUCUGAAGUGGCUGGCUUGUUAUCUCAGUAGCCAGGGGAUGUGUAAUACUGUAAUUAGCCCAUAUCCAAGCACGCUGCGUUUUCUGGCUGGAACGGUUGCUUGCUAGAAUCCAUGUUGGAUGAGCAUUGUGAAAGUCGUUUUCUUCAGCGGAGCCCCUUUUUGGCCAACACAUUUUUGUAUAUUUAUACUCUUAGUUUAGUCCUACUAACACUUCCUCAGAUUAGACUCAAGUAGUUAGGGGUUUUGUUAACUUGACAGGAAUUUACUUUGAGAUUUUGAUAAUGUAUCUACCAUUUUCUUCUAGAUUCAUGUAAAUGAUAUAUUCAUGUAGUUUACUACAUUUUCAUA